UCUCAAUUUCCAAACCUAGAAAUAAUUCUCAUUUCAAAAUCCCCAAAUUUUCACUCUUUCGCGUCAAUUUUCUUCCCUUUUCUCAAAUCUUAUUUCUCUUCAUUCCGUUAAUUUCUGGAAAUUUCGGUUUUUGUUUUAUAUAGGAAUUGGGAAUUCAAUCACAGUGACAAAGGUUGAAUAGGUUCUGGCAAUGCCAUUGGUGAAUUCUGUGAUAUAGAAAAAGCAUAAUAAUGUCUUGGGCUGCUCCUGAAGAUCUCUACCUUUCUACUUCACUUGCUAGUUAUCUUGAUAAGAAACUUCUUAUAUUGCUACGAGAUGGUAGAAAGCUCAUGGGGACACUUCGCUCUUUUGAUCAAUUUGCUAACGCUGUUCUUGAGGGUGCCUGUGAGAGGGUAAUUGUUGGUGAUCUAUAUUGUGACAUCCCUCUCGGUCUUUAUGUAAUCCGUGGAGAAAAUGUUGUUCUAAUUGGUGAGAUGGAUGUGGAGAGGGAGGAACUUCCCCCUCAUAUGACCCGUGUUCCUACAGAAGAAAUCAGGAGGGCACAGAAAGUAGAAAGGGAUGCUUCAGAACUAAAAGGGACUAUGAGAAAAAGAAUGGAAUUCCUUGACUUGGACUAGUGAUUAACUCUCCACACUCGCUCAUCCGCAAAUAUUACAGCGGCUCUUCUCCAAGUUAUUUUAUUUUGUUCUUCUGUGAUAUUGUUGAUUUUCAUGGGAGGGAUGAAAACAUUGUUGAAAUUUCUUGUGUAACAUAAUACUAUUAUUAUUCCUUUGCUUUCUUUUCUUGUCAAAAGAAAGAAAAAGUAUGUCAAUUAUAUUAUCUCAUUUUACUGCAUGAUUUCAGUCCAUAACUGACAUUUUGAA